AUGUCAAUUCGGCGCCAAUCGUGCGACAGCUGCUUCGCUUCCCGCCGAAAAUGUGACCUCACAUACCCAAUCUGCACUCGCUGUGAGCGCAACAACAAGAGCUGCCAAUACAGGUAUCCACCGCAGCUGCCCAGGGAGCGCAUCGCCGUCGAUGCCACUGCCACCGUACCAGCUGCUACUCAAUCCACCGGACAAGUGAAGCGUAAAUCCAGCCAUGCCGAUGCUUCAUCGCCGGACACGACAGGCUCUGUGGCCCUGACGCCCAGCAGUCCGCGAUGGAUCGGCCGCCUGGGCACGCUACCGCCGAUAGCAUCUUCAACAUCAUUGAACUGGGUAUUCAACCAGAUCCGCGGCUGUCCGCAGAACUUUGCACAGCGCGCAGAAACAAUCUUCAUCCACAAGGGCCUCUACACCGGCAACAAGCUCCCACAGCCGCUCCGUGCAGCUUUUGGCAUCUGCGCCGGCACCCUGUCGGUGAACCAGGUCAGCCACCAAACGCUCUUCCGCGUCCUCGACUCAGAGGUCGACGCCCUCCUCAGCUCGUCCCUGACGGGCUCCCUGCAAGAGGAGCUGCACAAGCUGCAGGCCGUGGUGCUGUAUCAAAUCAUCCGCCUCUUCUACGGCCAGAUCGGAGAGCGCAUGCUCGCCGAACGCCAAGAGUACCUGGUCCGCUCCUACGCGCUCAAGCUGCUGCAGUUGUCCAACGCGGAGCUACGCAGUGGCCCUCGCACAUGGGCGGCGUGGAUCGUCGCCGAAAGCAUCCGGAGGACAGUCUACAUUGCGUUCAAGCUGUACACGCUGUACGCCAUGUCGAGGUACGGCCAGUGCUCAGAGAUACAGGCCAUGUGCAUGCUGCCUAUCUCUACCAACUCGCGGUUGUGGUACUCGAGUGAAGAGCGUGGUUUUCAGCCUCCGGACCGAGACGAGGUCAUGACGUACAAGGACUUUGCCGAGUUUUAUAGAAGGACGCGGAGGAGAGUGCAUGAGCCGUUUGAACAAUUAAUUAACUAUUGUGGGGUGCAAACGAUGCGUAGAGCAGGUUGA